AUUCCCGACCAGCACCCUUGCCCCUGAGGCUCUGCUGUGGGGGCUCAGCCGUCCCCAAUGUGCACCUCGGGGUCCGCUGAUCGUGUGCAGGCACUGGAGUGGCAGGAGGUUCCCGGGGCGCACUGCUGAUCCUAUGCAAGUUCCAGUCCCUGCAGGAAACGAUGCUCUUCUGGACCUUGCUCCUCGCCGUCGGGUUGCCCUUGGUCAGCAAUCAAAACGAAUCCGUGUCCGCUUGGACCUAUAGUUUGAAAUGCCACGAUUGCUGGGAUAUCAACAAUUUCAACUGUCCUCAAAUUAGGACGUGUCCCUAUCACAUCCGGCGCUGUUUGACCAUCUCUAUCCGUUUGAAUGUUCGGGAACUCUUCGUUUACAAGAACUGUACAUACAACUGCACGUUUGUAUACCGAUCUGAAGAACCUCCUGAAGCCAUUAGAAUUAUGAAAACUAAUAGUUUCUAUUUUGUUCGUUGUUGUAAUGCUAUGACUUGCAAUGAGGGGGGACCUACCAAUUUGGAGAGGGAUAUCAUCCCGGAUUACCCAAUUGAGGAAGAGUUAGAAGGAGCCGUGCGCUUGGGGGAGUCCACAUUUUUCCUGAGCGUUGCUUCCAUCCUCGUCAGCAACACACUGACAUGAGAGGCCCUCUUGGGGGGGGGGGGUCUGGUCUCUCCCCCAUUCCUCAGAGCAAGUUCACUCCUCUUCCUCCCUGUGAGCCAGGGACACUGACCCACCGGGCUCCCCGUUGGUGGCUAACCCCUUUCCAGCUUAUUUCAAGAAAAGAAUAAAGAACAUUAUUGUUGGG